AGGCGAGAGAGCCAGGCUUUUCCCAGGAGAGGUGACCUUGCUCCGGGGUUGCUGGGGCUUAGAGGAGGGGGGGGAGAGGUGGAAAAAGAGGGGUAGGGGAGGGGGCCGUGUCCCCCCGUCACCCGCGGGUCACCUCUCCAUCCAGCCCCAUUUGGGGUCGGGGGAGCGCAUCCCCCCCCCCGCUUCCACUUGUUGAUAGAAGCACUUAAAGAAGGGCUGGGGGGCCUCGCAGGGGGGGGGCAAAGAAGGGAUAGCGGGGCUCUGCCCCCCCCCCCCUCCCCAUAAACCUUCCCUCCCCAAACCCCCCCCGGGCUCUGCGCCCGGGCUGCCGCCGGUGCUCGGCCCCUGGCAGGGGGCAGGUCGCCGGCCCGGGGGGCGAGGGGCGAGGGGCGAGGGGCGAGGGGCGAGGGGCCGCCCCGCUCGGCUCCGGAGCAGGGGCGUUUGUUUGAACAGCUCCAGAGCAAAGAGCAGGGGAAAAAAGUUUGGGCUGGGAGCGUGGUUUUUUUUCCCCAGACGUCAGCACAAGGCGGAACAGGGGCUGGGGAGGGAGCCGGACUCGCAGGGCAGCCGGGAUUUAUUUUAUUUAUUUUUUUGCCUUUUUAAUUAUUAUUAUUUUUUUAUUAUUAUUAUUUACUUGAAGGGGUUGGGGAGGGGGGGGGAGGGUGGAGAAGGGGAAGGGGCCGGGGAGCGGCCCGGCACCUCGGGGUGGGCUGGGGGGGGGAGCCAUGGACUCGGCGCCAGCCUUCGCCAUGGACAAGCCGUUCGCCCCCGGCACCGUGCGCGCUCCGGAGCCUCCCGAAAACCCCCAGGGCCGGAAAAACUUCAGCGUCAGCCACCUCCUCGACCUGGAGGAGGUGGCGGCCGGCAUGAACGGGACCCCCCCAGCCGGCCCCCCACCCGCCGGGGGCGGCAAGGCGAUGCCGGAGCCGUCGGGAGGCAGCAGCGGCAGCGAAGCAGCGCCCCAGGACGGCGAGAGCCUGAGCCCGAGCCGCGGGGCGGCCAAGAGGAAGAAGAAGCAGCGGAGGAACCGCACCACGUUCAACAGCAGCCAGCUCCAGGCUCUGGAGAGAGUCUUCGAGAGGACGCACUACCCCGACGCCUUCGUGCGGGAGGAGCUGGCCAGGAGGGUGAACCUCAGCGAGGCCAGGGUCCAGGUCUGGUUUCAGAACCGGAGGGCCAAAUUCCGCCGUAACGAGAGGGCGAUGCUGGCCAACAGGUCGGCGUCGCUCCUCAAAUCCUACAGCCAAGAAGCCGCCAUCGAGCAGCCCAUGGCACCGCGGCCCACGGCGCUCAGCCCCGAGUACCUCUCCUGGACCAGCACCUCCCCGUACAGCACUGUGCCGUCCUACAGCUCCAGCGGGACCGCGACGCCCACCCAAGGGGUGAACAUGGCCAACAGCAUCGCCAGCCUGCGCCUCAAAGCCAAAGAGUUCAGCCUCCAUCAGAACCAGGUGCCGACCGUGAACUGACCGGGGGAGACCCCCCCGUGGCCUCAUCCAGGACGCAGAGCGGGGUCCUGCACCGGCCGGCACGACCCCGCUGCCCAGCCGACGGCUCAGCACCUCUCCUCUCCUCUCCUCUUCCCUUUCGAAGGUAGAGUCAAGUCCCAGUGCGAAGUGGCACAUAAUUAUAGCCACAUAUGGAGCAAACUUGGUUAGAAACUUGCUUUUCCGCACACCCUUAUAAUAAAGGCUAUAUAUACACACACAUACCCCCCGCACGCUCUUCGAGGACAAACAGACUUGCCAAGCGAACAAGAAUUUGCUUCCAAACAUGGAAGGAUCUUGGACUUUUGGAUUUGACCAAUUUGGGUAUCUUGCCCGGAGAGCCAAAGAGUUAUUGGGUCUUCUCCUCCCGCAGGGCCGGCACGCAGCGCCGGGAGGAUCACGAAGCUGCGCGAGGCCCAUUUUUAGGGCCCCCCCCUUUGUGCCGGGCUGCGACCCGCGGUGCUCGCCCGUGCGGCCGAAGCCGACCCGUGCCUUCAACUCCUCGUGCAUCGCCAGCCGUGGGGCUCGGAGGAGACUUUUUCAAGCCAAAGGCUCUUUCCCAGUGCCUGUCCCACCGGGCUCUGCCCCUCCCCAGAAGACUGAGCGGGGUUGGAGCAUCCCAAAAUCCUCACCGGGAGCCCUCGAGCUGCAGGGGGGACAUCACCGCGCCCCGGCCAGGCACCGCCGCCCCACGGCCGGGGCUUUGCCAGCAAUCCUGCAGAGCCCCAGGUCAUUGAACCGUCCCAGGGAAAGAGAAAAUUGGAAAAAGCUGUUGGUUUCAGCUGAGUAGGCGGCUCCCGGCGCUUCGUGCCAACGGCAGAGCCGGCUUCGUCUUCCGGAGGCACAGCCUCCCCGGCGGCAGCUCCGCAGAUGUGCCGCGGAGCCCGCGGCCGGAGGCUCCAUGGGGCAUUUUUGUCUUCGUGCCCAAAGGAAAUGGUUUCCCCCUCGCCCCACCCCAGCACGCAGCCGAAGCAGGGGGCUCCCUUUUGGAAAGCGGGCACGGGGGAGGCAGCCUCACCCCGGGGCUCCAGCUCUGAUAUCGCAGUGACGCGGGACGAGCUGGUGCUGGGGUGGUGGAGGUUGGAGCCCAGGGAAAACGUCCUCGGGAGGCCACGGCACCCAAGGCAAGGAGCAGCAGCCCAGUGCCAGGUUGGACGGGUGGAGAAGGCACCAGCCCUGCCUCUGCAGAAGGGAGACGGGCUGGUGGAGCGAAUACCGAGUGGAGAAAUCACAGAAUUGUCACUGGGGUUGGAAGGGACCUUGAGAGAUGACUGAAACGCAGCAGCAGAGCUGAGCACAAAGGCCAGGAACACCAAGAUGAGCACCCACUGGUGCGCAAAGCCAAGGCCAAAAGUGCCUUGGCUUUGCGCACCGGAGGUGCCCCGGGUGGACACCCCGGGUGGUGCCUGCCCGGGGGCUUCACCCAGCACCCAGAGCCCCCACAGCAGCCGAGCUGGGAUAAGCCUGGCCCCUACCCUGCUCCAACCUCCCUGCCCCGUGCUCUGCAGCCAGGGAGGGGGCACAGCCAACACCACCCACCCCUCACAGGGGCACCCCAAUGGGGAUGCGCUCACCCCAAAAACCCAACCUGAGUCCACAGCUCUUCUUCUCCCCCUUUUUGCUGGGUGGGAAGGACGCAGCUCCCUGGAUAGCCACAGCGGGGACCUCAAAGAGCUGCCGGGGUGGGGGCAGCUUCCCCGCAGAGCAACCCCCCCAGGAACAGCGCUGGGGCAGGGGGCGAGGGGGUCCCAUUCCCAUGGAAAGCACACGGGGCUCUUUUUCCAGUCGUACGAGCUGAAACCACAGGGAUAUAAAUGUCGCUGCCUCUUUGCGAGCAUUAAUGAAAAUAAACCCAUCUAAUAGUUUGCAGAUGCCGUUUCUGUAAACCUAAAAAAAGCAGGGAAUAAAUAUUUCUUCACUAAA